AUGCUACCCGUGCAGGCGCACGUCGCGAAAGGCGGAAUCAACGCAUCGCAGCGCCGGCUGUACGUCGUGCUCGAGCAGGCGUGUCUCGAGGCGUACCGUGUCAGCAGUGGCGGCAAGGGCAAGGGCGGACGAGGGGGUGAGGGCGAGGUGAAGUAUACGCUGUUGAACUGCGACGAUCAUCAGGGGAUCUUGGCGAAGACGGGGAGGGAUAUCGCGGACGCAAGACCUGAUAUCACGCAUCAGUGUCUGCUCACGCUCCUCGACUCGCCGCUCAACAAGGCUGGCCUGCUCCAGGUGUACAUCCACACCGCAAAAGGUGUGCUCAUCGAGGUCAACCCCCACGUUAGAAUACCGCGAACCUUUAAGCGCUUCAGCGGUCUCAUGGUCCAACUCCUCCACAAGCUGUCAAUACGGGGCGUAAACGGCCCAGAAAAGCUGCUCAAGGUCAUCAAAAACCCCGUCACGGACCACCUGCCACCAAACACCAUAAAACUGACGCUAUCGGGUGAUGCACCAACCGUACGGCUAUCCAAGUACCUGCCCACGCUCCCAGAGACGCACUCGGUCGCGAUCUUCAUCGGUGCCAUGGCGCGCGGGCGGGAUGACUUUGCGGACCACCUUGUAGACGAAAAGAUCGGGAUCAGCGAGUACCCGCUCAGUGCAUCUGUCGCGUGCGGGAAGUUCUGCUGCGCUCUCGAAGAGCUGUGGGACAUCGUAUGA